CCAGGAUAAUCUCAUUUACUGAAAGCCAACUGAUUAUAUAACCCAGUCACAUCUACAAAAUACCUUCAUAGCAACGCCUAGAUUCAUGUUUUAUUGAAAAAAUAGGGAGUGUAGAGCAGCCAAGUUGACACAUAGAUAGCACCAUCACAACAAUGAAAAGACAUGAGUUUCAGAAGAGCCGAGGACAACAAAAAAUGCAAAGUAAGGUAAGAACAUUCUUAUAAUGUAGAAACUAAUACGGCUAAACUGAAAUAAUUAAACAAGAAUCAUAUUUAGAAAGGUAUUAUGAAAAAGACAAAAUCACCAAGUAGAAUCUGUACUUCCACUUUAUCUAAUUACUUGAAGUUUCUUUCUACAGGUGUUAAAUAUUUAACGAGGGGAUUAAAUUGAAAGCUAUUUAAGAAGGGAGCGGGUCACCUUGACCCUAUAUAAAGCCUGUGUCUUUAGGAGCUGCUCAGUUACUCGCUGAUCUCCGUGGAGUCUAGGUCUUCUGCCCAAGAUGAAUUUAGACGGUACUUCAGGUGGCAUACUUCAAAAAGAAUUCUGGAGAAACAGAAUUCAGUAUAACCAGAGUCAAAAGGAUAUCCUCCAAUCAUGGUUUCAACAUGACCCUUUCCCUGAUAAAGCUGCCAGAGAACAACUGGCCAAAGAAAUUGGGGUUCUAGAAUCUAAUAUUCAGGUUUGGUUUAGAAACUACAGAGUAAAACAGAGAAAAUUGGAUUAUAAAUGCCUCUCAGAAAAAGAUCAAACCCAGGGGCAUGACCAGUCCCAGCAUCUGACUCAAGAAUUCUUACCAAAAGAAGCCCGACAAAAACAGACAUUCAUCACAUGGACUCAAAAAAACAAACUAGUGCAAGCCUUUGAGAGGAACCCAUUCCCUGAUAUUGCUACCAGGAAGAAACUGGCUGAACAAACAGGCCUGCAGGAAUCAAGAAUUCAAAUGUGGUUUCAGAAACAAAGAUCUCUGUACCUCAAGAAGAGCAGAAUGGAGCCCAUGAAUUUAUUGGUAGACGACCCAAACGAGAGACCGGAUACACCUGUUGGGUGGCAUCCAAUCAACCUGUUCCUCCUCACAGACAGCUUUCAUUAUUUUUCUUCCUCAAAUUCUUCCAGCGGGCACCAAACUCUUCUACCUGUUCUUCCUUCAACCCAGGCUCCUUGGGAUCCCUUUGGGUUCCAUGUGAGCCAAGGACCAAAUGUCAUGAUCAUGCAGCCCACACAGGCUGUGCAGGAAGGAGAGAACUCUGAUCAGCCUCUGAUAAUUCCGAAUCACCUCCUGACACUGCCAAUUCUGAUAAAGGACUUAGAUACUCCAACUCCCUUCUGGCUCCAAUACCAAGAAGAACACCAAAAUCACAAAGAACACACUGGCUCGGGAGUACCACAGGUCAAGAGCCAUUCUCAGCCUGAACCUGAGCACAGGGAGCAACAACCUCUAAAUCUGGGUCAGUUUGACAUAUCGAACAUUUUGCAAAGGUGGGACGAGAUCUGCCAGGCUCUGCUUGCAGAAUGGGACCCUCUCAAAGGGACACACUGAGACAGACUUGUGGCAGCAGUAGGCACACUCAGCUGA